CUGAAGUUCGUUUGUUAUGACGUCAUUUGUUUGUAAAUCAUGUAAAUGACGUAAUGAAUGUGACAAUGGUGACCGUCUGGUGAGUUUUGUUGAUACAUCAACAAACAUCAUCGGGAUAGCUAGUGCUAUCAUUAGAAGCUUUGACUAUGGGGCAUCUUAAAAUGGCCUAUAAGGCCUAUAAAUUCAAAGAAGGAAUGGAGAAAGUGAAACAGGCAAAAAUUAAUGCCGAGCGAGCAAGACAAGGACUUCCGCCGAUUAGACCUUGGUAUGAAGACUGCUACAUCAACUGCACUGAGGGGAUACGAGACACAAUCAUGCGUGCCUUUUGUCCAUGUUGUAUCUAUGAUCGUGAACGUCAUUUGAAGCAACAGAAAGGAUCUAAUAAUGUUAUCGGGAGACUCCUUAUCGACGGGACAUAUGAAAAUGAUUUAUUGAAAAGUAUAUUUGGCUUCAUGAGUGGAGUUGCUUUAACAUACCUGAUGCUUUGGUUCAUGAUCGAAUAUAUGAAAAUGACGGUCUUUGCUUCAACAAUAUGUGCUAUUAUCGCUGCAAUCAUUCUAUGUGGAGGUCUUGCCUUUUCUCUAAACGUGCGCUGUGUCGUCCUACUAAUGCUACCUGGGAUUUUCUCAAGUAAGGGCAGAGCACUUUUACUUACGUAUGUUUUUGUAUUGGUCAUGACGGGUCCUGUGCAAAAUUUCACCCACAAUGUACGAAUAAUGUCUGAAAGCUCAACAUGUGGCCAAGAGGUAGCAUACAAUUUAACAAAAGAAGUCGUUAAAGAGUCGCUCUCACCCGUCCACGGAAUCAUUGACGCAAUCAGAAAUGUCAUACAAGGAAUGAUGAAUCUUGCCGAAGCCUUACGGAAAGCUUUCCUCGCCGUGGUCCAAGUCUUUGCUGAAGUCGGUGCCGCCAUAAAACGUGUAUUUGCUUGGAUUGGUGCUCAAGUGAACGUUUGUAAUGAGGCCAUGGGAGAACCUUACGCCAAGUGCACCGAAUCAUUUGAUAGUGCAUACACCGAUUGCAAGGAAAAACUCGGUGUAUUUGAUUUUCUCUGUGAGAUUCCCAAGGCGUUUAGAGGAAUCUGCAACAUAGCCAGAAUUGGCGAAUUAUUAUGCCAUAUUAUGAAAACGGUUAAAAAGUUUUUUGUUGAUGAAGUUGGAGGACGGAUAAAUAAAGCUGUACAUGACGUAUACGAAAUGUUCUACGUAAACGUGACGUUGGUAUAUCAUUACAAUUUAACAACAGAACAAACAAAAAGUUUCACAGAUAUUCGAGAUGAUAUUUUAGCAGAAGUGAGAAGCAGAACAGACACAAUGAUGAAGGUUCUGAAUAUCGCUAAUACAGCAAUGGCGUUUAUGAUCCUCUGGUUAUUCGUCAAAGCAAUCCUGUACCGAAAGAAAUAUCUCACACAGGAUAAAUUUGAUAAUUUCUACUUAACGUUCAACCUGCGAGAUAUUGAUGAAAGACGCGAGGAAAUGGAGAAAGAGACUAUUUUACCACUAAAAGGACGAGAGAAGUGGACAUACAUCAAAACGUGGUCUGUUUUUAUGGCUAAACCAGAGAAGAGGAAGUUGGUAAAGGGGAUAAUAAUGCUGAUCGGUUCUUCCAUGCACGUGAUGUUUUACAUGUUUUGUGACUAUGGGCUAUAUCACAUUCUCUGGCUCAUACAAAAUCACACUCGAAUGUUGACCGAACAACCCAUACCUGGUCGUUUGCGUAUGCAUGUGGACGGAAAGGGUGUACUUGCUGAUAUGUACAGGGAACUUAUUACAACAUUCGAUCCAAUGAGCAAAGACACAACAGAACGACUGGAGGCCAAAGGGUGUUUGCCCAAUGCAAGUGCCCCCGAUUACAAACUUUACCAGUUGAUAAGUUCGAUUCUUUCCUUAUGCUUUGUGCUGGUUAUCGUAGAGGCAUACGGAUUGCGUUUACGCCACGUGAUAGCAGGAUGUUACUUUCCACAGCGAGAAAAGCAGAGAGCAGUGUGGCUUUACAAUCAUAUACUCCGUUGUAGAGGUGGUCUGCUGUUUUUCAUAAGGAGACAGUUGCGGAGAAAAUACAUGGGCGACACAACUGUUAAAAAACAUAGCAUCAAGAGUAGACUGUCUCAUCAAUUCCCACUAAUUGGAAAACUGAUGAAAUGUUUCGGGUACGAGAGAAAGUUUUGCCUAUCAUGUGGCGCACCGGGCAAGUUAUCCGACUAUGAGGGAUUUAAACAUUGUGACAACCAAGACUGCGAUGCUGUGUACUGCAAUGAUUGCUUUGAAGAGCUUAACAACAUCUGUACUGUAUGCAUGAAACCCGUCGACUAUGGGGACUACUCUGACUUCAGUGAGGAAAGAGAUUCGAGUGACGAGGAAUUUUUUUAUAAAGCAGAAAUGCCAUUGGAAGAUGAAGAUUACGAGUAUCAGAAACACCGUGGAGAGGGAAAUGACUGUGUGGAAGAAUACGUGUAUGAAAGAACAGAACGGAUCGCCAGUAAGAAGAGUGUAUUGAGCGUUGUCCCCCAGCCCAAGGAGUUGGUUUCUAUGGACCUUUUUGCCGGGGAUAACGAGUCUGACUUUGGUGAUUACGAUGAAGAAGACUUAAAGAAUUUUGAAGAGCCCAAAGUUAUGAGUUUAGGAAAAGAGGAGAGGGCAAUGAUAUCUAGUGAUCACCAUUAAUUCUGACUGUGGAAUUGAGUAACUUGGGAAACUAGGGCCAGGGACUAUCUUUUUAAAUGACGUAUCAACAAUUAUUGUAAAAUUGUAACUCCAAAAUUACAUACAUUAUUAUUGUUUGUUAACAGUUCGCAUCCAAAUACAACAUAUAAUAUUACUUUAUAUGAUAAGUAUGUAUUUUUGAAAACGAUUGUUUAAUCGACUGCUGCAUCUCCAGUUAAAUUAUUUUGAAACCUAUGCUUCAUCAAAAUGUUUUAGCAAAAUGAAAAUAUGAAUCCGUUUUGGUCCACCAUGUAUAUAUAAGUGGCAAUACAGUUAAUACAGCAAUAAUACAGCAAUACGAUUAAUAUAUUUCGUUGCCUCUUUCCAUAUAAAAUGUAAAUUUGACUUUGAAAAUUACUUAGAAUGAGACUAUUCAAUUGUUAUUCGUUAUUAUCAUUUACGUAAUUGUUAGUUAUAAACAUAUGUAG